AUGUCGUCAUCCAAGAAACAAGCCCUUUUCGUAGGUGGUCUUGUAACCCUUUGGUACUCAUCAAACAUUGGUGUUUUGCUUUUAAACAAGUUCUUAUUAUCAAACUAUGGCUUUAGAUUUCCAAUCUUUCUAACAAUGUGCCACAUGUCAGCUUGUGCUAUACUUAGUUACUUAUCUAUUGUUUUCUUCAAGAUUGUGCCUUUGCAAGCUGUUAAAUCAAGAACCCAGUUGUUAAAGAUUGCAACAUUGAGUGUGGUUUUUUGUGGGUCUGUUGUUGGUGGCAAUAUUUCUUUGAGGUAUUUGCCUGUGUCGUUUAACCAGGCUGUUGGGGCUACUACACCUUUUUUCACUGCUGUUUUUGCCUACUUGAUAACUUUGAAGAGGGAAGCGUGGGUAACUUAUGGAGCUCUUGUGCCUGUUGUUGUUGGUGUUAUUAUUGCCAGUGGGGGUGAGCCAGGUUUUCAUUUGUUUGGCUUCAUUAUGUGCAUAAGUGCAACUGCUGCCAGGGCCUUCAAGUCUGUUCUUCAGGGCAUCCUGCUUUCUUCUGAAGGAGAAAAGUUGAACUCGAUGAAUUUGCUGUUGUAUAUGUCUCCGAUUGCUGUUUUGGUAUUAUUGCCUGCAGCACUUACAAUGGAGCCGAAUGUAUUAGAAGUUACUUUAGAACUUGGAAAGAAACAUAAGUAUAUGUGGCUGCUACUUAUCCUCAAUUCAACAAUGGCCUACUCAGCUAACUUGACAAACUUCUUGGUAACCAAGCAUACAAGUGCACUGACACUCCAGGUGUUAGGCAAUGCGAAAGGUGCUGUGGCUGUUGUUAUCUCAAUUUUCAUCUUCAGGAAUCCUGUGACAUUUGUGGGUAUCGCUGGGUAUUCAAUGACUGUUCUUGGGGUAGUUGCUUAUGGAGAAGCAAAGAGAAGAUUUAGAUGA